UUAGUGAAAUCGUGGAUGACGCAUCGGGUAGAUAUACCAAUGGCUUUUUUUGGGGUAACUCGUAUUUUAUGGGAUCGGCUACCGAAUGCAACUAUAUAGGGCAAAAUUAUGUUCUAAGAGAUUCGAAAGUUGGUACAAAAUCGUCGAUAUACAUAGAAGAGGUACAGGAAUUUAAUACGGAACCGCAAAAAAGAAUCAAUUUGGAUCUUACCGGGACCAAUAUGUGGACCGAUAUUCAGUCGAGCGAUACUCCGCCGUAUCGCUUAGGAUUUUAUAUGAUGAAAAUUUCUAUAAAUGCGUCUCAAUAUGCAUUGACAAGGUUGAUUUAUUUGGGCGUUUGUUUGCCAUUUUCAUGUACCGCCUCCGACGUCGCCGUGAUUGGAAAACUUGCUUCGGGCGAAUUUGCGGCGAAACACUCGUUGAUCGAAAGAGUUAGAGAUCAACAUAAUCCGUACAACGUGUAUACGGACCCGGUGUUUUGGAUUUUAUUUGGUGUCAGUAUGUUAUCCCUGGUGCUAAUGAUUNUCGGUACGGGAUACGAUUAUUACUUAUCGAGAGAGGUAGCCCGCAAGAAAAACGUUAUCUACGACUUGGAAAAGCACGGAAAACUCAAUCAUUUUACCAACAGCGAUCAAAAGGUCUUAAAUGCUUUUCAAGGUAAGGUCUACCUUCCUGUUCCAGUAGCAGAUUCUGUGACCAACAGUGGUGUGCAACCGAUUAAUAAUAACAACGAUUGCGCUAAUGAGUCGCAGCCGCCUUCAACCGUAAUAACCGGANGUCAACUUGGUAUCUUCGAGGAACUUUUGAUUUCGUUUUCCAUUCGCGCUAACGUCAAGAUCAUAUGCGACCGUAACGUAGGCGGAGACACUAUUAGCACCGUGCACGGACUUCGAGCGAUAUCAAUGGCCUGGGUUAUUCUCGGGCACACGUGCAUCGUCCUUUUCAAGUACUCGGACAACAUGGAGUAUCGCAAGGUCGUACAGAAAAAACUUCUUUUUCAGACCAUCACGAACGGAGCCUUCAGUGUCGACACUUUUUUCUUUAUGGGAGGCCUGCUCGUGAGUUUUUUGUACUUCAGAACAAACGCCAAGGGUGACCUAAAGAGACUCACACAGGGCACACGAGGUUUUACCGCGGGCAGCCUGAAGUUCAUCGGGCUUCUUCUGUACAGAUUCAGCAGACUCACCGCGCCGUACAUGCUUGUGUUGGGAGUUGUUGAGGUUUCGAUGAAGUAUUUCCAUGCAAAUUCCAUCUUUGAGCCACCAACAGCAGAUCAUUAUAAUUGCCCGAAAUAUUGGUGGAGGAAUCUUCUUUACAUCAACACCUGGUUUCCAGUCGAGCAAAUGUGCAUGUUGUGGAGCUGGUAUGUGGCGNACGAUACACAGUUUUAUGUUAUUGGCGGAGUCAUUUUGAUACUUGCCACAAAUCACUUCAAAAUCGCAGCUUUUGCGUUAGUCACCCUAUUGAUAAGCUCGUGGGCAACUACCGGUUAUAUCGCUUUAGUUAACAAUCACAUGCCGAGCUCGGACGAUCCAUUGGCUCUUUUUGACAAGAUCUACGAUAAGCCGUGGACGAGAUUAGGUCCUUAUCUGAUUGGAAUGUCAGUUGGAUAUUUUCUUUUUAAGACUGAUUGCAAAGUGAAAAUGUCCAAGACUACCGUUAUCAUAGGAUGGCUUUUGUCUUCNGCGUGUCUUUUAAGUUUGCUUUACGGCCUGUACGAAGCGAAACUUGCACCUGCUACAGCUGCUGCGUAUUCCUCGUUGAGUCAUUCCGCGUGGGCACUUGGCUUAGCGUGGAUCGUAAUAGCGUGCAGCACUGGCUACGGAGGAUACGUAAACAAAAUACUAUCGUGGCCACUCUUGUAUCCUUUUAGCAGAGUUACCUACUGCGCGUAUUUGGUUCAUCCUCUUGUGAUUNGUUUGACCGCAAUGAACCUGGAUAGUCCUUUUCAUCUUGGAAAAGACGUAGUAAUGAUAACAUUUUUGGGACAACUAGUGUUAUCUUACGCGUUAUCCUUUGUUGUGUCGGUCGCUUUUGAAGCGCCAAUCGUCAGUAUGCUCAAAAUACUGUCACCGAAGAAACGAAGACGUAUACAGUAGAGAAUAAAUAAAACAUUUCCAACAUCGAAUGCUCAUACAAUUAUUUAUACAUUUUUAUUUAUACAUUAUAUAUAAGAUUUUUGUGUUUGCAAAGACGAAACUAACAUAUAUAUAUAUAUAUGUUUAUAUGUAUAUAUAUAUAUGUGUAUGUAUGUAUGUGUAUAUACACAUAUAUGUUGUAAACCUCAUUACAUACAUGUUAUACCAAUAACUAACAACUUUGUUUACUUCGAAUACAACACAUUUUUGUGUAAUUGUUAGAUAUUCAAAUACUUUUGUUUGUAUAUCAAUUUUUUACAUAAUUUAUCGCGCGCAA